CCUCUGCGGGCGGGCGGAGCUCGCGGCCCCAGGAUCGCACCCUCCGUCCUCGUCUCUUCGCUCCAGUUCCUUCCCCUGGAGGCGACCAUGGCCGGGCUCUCGCGCGCCCCGCUGCUCCUGCUGGCCCUCGCCCUGGCCCUGGCCCUGACCGCGAGCCCUGCGGCCGGCGCCACCGCGGGCAGGCCUCGCCUGGUGGGCGGCCUGGCGGAGGCGGACGUGAACGAGGAGGGCGUGCAGCAGGCGCUCAACUUCGCCCUGAGCGAGUACAACAAGGCGAGCAACGACGCCUUCCACAGCCGCGCCAUGCGGGUGGUGCGCGCCCGCAAGCAGCUCGUGGCUGGGCUGAACUACUUCUUGGAUGUGGAAAUCGGUCGAACCACGUGUACCAAGUCCCAGCCCAACUUGGCCAGCUGUCCCUUCCAUGUGCAGCCGCACCUGAGGAAGGAAGCACUCUGCUCUUUCCAGGUAUACACUGUCCCCUGGUUGGGCAAGACCUCCUUGGUGAAGUCCAGCUGCCAGGACGCAUAGAGGAGAUGUGACGGGCGGGGCCGUGCAGGCUGCCUCCCACUCGCACACCCCCUCCCUGGUGGGGCCCCCGCAGUGUGCUGGCCUCAGGAGACAAACGGAGAAGCUUCUGAGCAUUUGUGACCAGCUAAGUGGCUCUCCCUUGCUUCUUUCUGUAGAGUGCUUUCUAGAUGCACCUGUGCCCGGUGCACGCUCUGCUUCCACUUUGCGCAAUAAAACAUGACGUCAGCUA